AAAUCGCUAGCUGCAAAUCUUGGUGUGAGCACCGGAAAACACCUUUCAGAAUUAUGUAAGUUUGAGUACCCAGAAUAUAUGAAGUAUUGCCUAUGGUUGCUAGCCAAGGUUGCUGUCAUAGCCGCUGACAUACCCGAAGUGAUUGGGACAGCCUUUGCACUAAAUAUACUAUUUCACAUGCUAGUUUGGACCAGAGUUCUCAUCACUGGUUUAAGCACUCUCUUACUUCUUGGCCUGCAGAGAUACGAGAUCUUCAAAAUCAUUUUUUGCUUUUGGGUUGUGGGUUUGAUAUGGUCUGAUUAUGGUGGUUUGUGUGUUGCGGUUGUUGAGGGUGGUGGUGGUGGUGCUGCCUGCUGA